AAUUGAAACAAUCUAUUUCAAAAAGUUUAUUUAUGCAUUUGAAUUUUUGAAACUGCGUUACCUUGACAUGACCUACUUAUAGAAAGUUGAUCAGUCGAGAAAGUUGAAAAUGGGAGAUAACAACUUCAAAACAUUAUUUGACGAGUUAGGGAUGACUCCCGAGCCCACGGAAACAGAUCAAUGUAGUCUGACAAUGGGAGCCCCUGGAGAUUCAUGUCUCAAAGAAUGUCAACUUAUUAUGCAGAAGGCUGCAGCUAAAAGGCUUGAAGAGUCAGAUGCAAUGUAUUUGUUUCAAUAUGGCCCUGCUUCUGGAGAUGGUCCAUUCAAGAAGGCUCUUGCCACUUUUCUGUCAACUGAAUAUAAGGACACAGUAAAAGAAUCCAGCCUCUAUCUCACAACAGGAGCAAGUCAGGGACUUUAUUUGACAGCCAGUCUGUUGUUCAACACGGGUGACACAGUAUUUAUUGAGGAUCCUACUUACUUCAUUGCCAUCAAUCUACUGAGGGAUGAUCUUGGCCUUAAUGUUGUCCCAGUGCCAACAGAUGAUAAGGGAUUACUAGUAGAUGAAUUUGAGAAACUGUUGGAGCUCCAUCUAUCUUCAUCCACUAAUGCCAUGACAAGCCCCAAAAUGUUUCGGAGUAUGCUGUACUUUAUUCCAACAUACAAUAAUCCAAAAGGAGGAUGUUUGCCUCCUGAUAGGUGUGAGAAAUUAGUUGCCUUGGCUAGGAAGUUUAACACUUUGUUGUUCUGUGAUGAUGUCUACAACAUAUUGUACUAUGAAGAUACCAUACCACCAAGAUUCCUCACUUAUGACAAAGAAACGGAUCCUGACUUUCAAGGGCACGUGUUAUCCUGUGGAACCUUCUCCAAGCUGUUUGGACCAGGUGUGAGGUUGGGAUGGAUUGAAGCUUCAAACAGGAUCAUCAACCUUUUUGUAAAAAGCUCAUACAGCGACAGUGGUGGCUCAAAGAACCAUUUGGUAUCUGGUCUGAUGACUACAGUGUUGACUGAGGGACUUCAAGCAGCCCAUAUAGACAAAUUGAGGAAGAAAUAUGGCAGUCGUUUGGCUGCAGUGAUUGCCCUCUUAAAGGAGAAACUCCCCAAGACUGUUGUUGUGUCUGAGCCCAAGGGAGGAUACUUCAUUUGGAUAGAGCUCCCUCUCUGGUGUGACGCUGUCCAGUUGGUCUUGAUGGCAAAAGAACAGUAUAAUGUGACAUUUCUUCCUGGGACAAGGUGCACUCCAACUGGUAAAUAUGGCAACUGCAUCAGGAUAUCAUUUUCAUAUUAUGAACUGGAACCAUUGCUGGAAGGAGUCAAGAGAUUAUGCCGGGCUGUUUGUCAGUAUAUGACUGCCAAUGAGCCUAUGAAUAAUGGCAGUAUUGAACCAGUUCAACAAGAGGACAAUGUCAGUGAACCUACAAAAUCUACCCCUGCACAGAGGCUGAUUGAAGCACUAGGGUUAGAACCCCAUACAGUGGCUGGCAAUCUAAAGUUAAAAUACACAUCUAAACUAAAGUUAGGAUUCAUCGCUAAAAGGAAUAAACAAUCCAGUACAGAACAGGAUAAAAGUUUGGACUUACCUGCUGCUAGCUCCAUCUAUAUGUUGCUCCAAGGGGAGGAAUAUCUCUCCUGGCACACCAUAGCUGCAGAUGAACUGCUCUUCUUCCAUGAAGGUUCUCCCAUAAAAGUACAUCAGAUCAGCGCUUGUGGUGACUACACAUGUAUCAACCUGGGUCGCCCUUUAGAUGGCCACAACUACCAGGUACAAAUACCUCAGCGCUGUUGGUAUGCCAUUGAAUUAGCCCAGAAACAUGAUGGGGCUUAUGGUCUUUACAGUGAAGUUAUAAGCCCAGGUUUCCAUCCUGAUCUAUAUGAGAGUGGGAGCAAAGAGGAAUUGAUUGAAAAGUUCCCCCAACAUGCCAAGAUAAUUACCAGGCUUAGUGAAAAGUAGGACAACAUGAGCAACACUCCUUGCUGAUCUGCUUACAAAUGGAGAAAUUUAUAUAGCACUACCUGCAAAAUAGCAUGGCCUCAUGUACACUCUAUACAUAGAAAAUGAUUCUUUAAUAUAGCCCCUAUAUCUAAUCAUAGUAUGUUACACUAUAAUCAAAAGAAUGUGGAAGCUACAUGUAUAGUGGUCAUGAACUUAUCAUUAAAGCACCAUCCCUAAUAGAGUAAUGGUGUUAUGAUCUUAGGCAGUGGAAAUGUUUAGAGUAUUUUCAAGAAGUACAACAGAAGAUACAAAAACAGCCAUUUUAUUGUAAUAAAGAUGUAGGUGUAGUUUUAUUUUGUCACCAGUGAAUGUUAUUAGUAUUCCCUCAUCUGCCAUACACAUAAUAGACAAAA